AUGCCCUCUCGCAAGAAUGUCUCGACUCUUGUCGUCCGUGGAUCGCGCGAUAAGGCCAAAUCUCAGAACGGCGAGGAUGUCAUGCAGUCUGAUGUGGUGCGCUCUGCAAAAGCAACCCUCCCUGUCUUUGGGGUGGUCAUGUUGUUGGCGUCGAUGGUCCCUGUUGGGGUCUUCCAUCUCUUCGGCUUUGGGUUACCAGUGAUUGUGGCAUAUGCCCUGUGCUCGGCGGGAGUCUACUAUGCAAGUACCAGGUUUAUCACUAUGCUGGUCGAGGAGCAAGGGGUGGAUAGAGAGGUGAAGUCGUUGAGGGUGGAGGAGCUGGAGGCGGAGACGAAGGCUUUGCGUCGUGAGGUGGUUGAGGCUCGAAAGGCUGCAGAGGUGGCCAAGUGUGAAGUGGCGAAUUCUGAGGAGGCCCUGUUGAAGAUGGAUGGUGUUGGUCAGGCUUAUGAGGAGCUGAAGGUAGUGGAGGUGUUGGGCGUUGCUGUGGAGGGUCUUUCAGGUCCUCCAUGGGGAAGUGAUGGAGGAGGUGGCGGUGUUGAAGGCUGA